UGCGUCGUUACUGUAGUAAUUUAAAGCCAAAAGGAGACAGGAGGACAGCGGGGAGAAAAAGGAAUUCCUGCCCUGUUGUUUCCAACAUCGCUGCUCGAACCAUUACUUGCUUUUCGAAAGAAUUCUCUUUACGUACGAAUACGGAAUUCGGCGCUUUUAAAAAAGAACAGCACGGAGGAGAACGAGGACGACGAACGACAGACCCCCUUAACUUCUGCAAUCAUGAUGUCAAUGAACAGCAAACAACCUUUUAGUAUGCACCCGAUCCUCCACGAGCCGAAGUACAACCCGCUGCACUCCAGCUCCGAGGCGAUCCGCCGGGCUUGUCUGCCCACGCCGUCGCUCCAGGGUAACAUCUUCGCGGGCUUCGACGAGACCCUUCUCCAACGGGCCGAGGCUCUGGCAGCGGUGGACAUCGUGGCCCAGAAGAGCCACCCGUUCAAACCGGACGCCACCUACCACACCAUGACCACCAUGACCUCCAUGACCUGCACCCCCACCUCCUCCUCGGGCCACCUGCACCAUCCCUCGGUGCUCGGGUCCCACCACCACCACCACCACCACCCGGGCCACCACCAGUCCUCCCAGGGUAUGGACGGCGACCUGCUCGACCACCUGACCCCCAGCGGGAUUUCCUUGGGUGGCAUGGGCGGCUCGGACGUCUGCUCGUCGGCGUCGCACAACCACGCUGCGCACAUGUCGGCCAUCAACCACAUGCAGCACCACCACCACCAACAGUCCAUGAACAUGCACCCCCACAGUCUCUCGCACUCGUCCAUGGGGGGCAACGGCGGAGAGCCCGAGCCCGACCCCCGGGAGCUGGAGUCGUUCGCCGAGCGCUUUAAGCAGAGGCGGAUAAAGCUCGGGGUGACGCAGGCGGACGUGGGCUCUGCCCUGGCCAACCUUAAGAUCCCCGGAGUCGGCUGUCUCAGCCAGAGUACUAUCUGCCGGUUCGAAUCCCUCACGCUUUCGCACAACAAUAUGGUGGCCCUCAAGCCCAUCCUGGAAGCGUGGCUGGAGGAGGCGGAGCGGGCGCAGCGGGAGAAGAUGUCCAAACCCGAGAUUUUCAACGGGGGGGAUAAAAAGAGAAAACGCACAAGCAUCGCGGCGCCGGAGAAGCGCUCCCUCGAGGCGUACUUCGCCGUGCAGCCGAGGCCCUCCUCGGAGAAGAUCGCAGCCAUCGCCGAGAAAUUGGACUUGAAAAAGAACGUGGUGCGCGUGUGGUUUUGCAAUCAGAGGCAAAAGCAGAAAAGGAUGAAGUUUUCCGCCGCCCACUAGGCCCGCUAUACUAUACCACCCAUCAGAGACAAAUCCCGAGAUAACGGGAGACCAGACCACCACCGUCGGAGCUGUCGCGGGGCGCUGCGCCCCAACCCGGGGAUACAGACUGAAAGCUUAUCCCCUGAAGGCGAAACGUGAAACUUGAGACAUUCAAUAGUUAUCGACACAGAGGCCGACAUUCUGAAAGAGGACACCCAGCGUCCUCGUUGAUCUCCACAAAAAAAGAACCCCCCAUUCUUAUGGCAAUUAUUGUACAGAAAUAACGGAAAACGAAAACGAACCGUUGUUCGCUUUAGUGAAUAUAGCGUUUUAUAUUUAUCAUUGUAGAUACUUGUGAAUAUGUCACCCCCUGUGUGUAGCUAUCAAAUGCUAAUUUAAUUGGUCCGCUUUCACUUUUUUUGUUAAUUGAAAAGCGUUCAUCUGACGAUACCUUAUAUCGUUAACAAGUCUGCGUUAUGAGACCAUUGGCUGGUAAACGGGGGGGAAUUAUUGUAAUCCAUUGCAUGGAUUAUUUGGGCGGUUUGCUCAAGUUGAUGCAUCGAAAAAACCCGUAUGAAUGCAUUGCAAUAAUGUAGAAAAUACACAGGCUAACAUGCACGCGUGCACACGGAUAUAGGCCCGCACACUGUUUAUCGGUGCGUCUACCUCAUUGCGCAAGAGUUGGCACACUCAUGGUCAUUUUUGGACGCAGUAGUAGUAUAAAAAAACACACACACACACACACACACACACACACACACACACACACACACACACACACACACACACACACACACACACACACACACACACACACACACACACACACACACACACACACACACACACACACACACACGCAAAGGAAAAUUGGUUUCUUGUUUUACGUCCCUUCACCUCGUUAUGGUUAAAUUAGGCAUAUUAAACUCACAGAUGUGUAAACCUGUUUUAUGUCUGUUCCAAUUAAGAUUGAGCGACGCAUUGACAAUCAAAAUUAUUUAGACCUAUUGAGUGGUUGGUAGGCCCUGUUAAAGGCAGCACAUGAUAACUAAAUAUGUUGUUGUUGUUGUUGUUGUUGUUGUUAUUAUUAUUAUUAUUAUUAUUAUUAUUGUUCUUGUUCUUGUUAUUAUUAUUAUUAUUAUUAUUAUUAUUUAUCCUUAUUCACGAUUUUGUGAAUGGCACUUUUUAGAUAUUCUGAUGACGGAAAUCUCUGGCCUUAUUUAUACGUAUUUUCAGAUUUUUGAUUUAGUUUGUUUUAUACAUUUAGGUUUUUGUUGCCCUAAUUUAUUCGAAAUUUAUUUAUUUAGGUGAGACACUGCAUAGCCCUCUAUUUCAUUUGUGAAAGUGUGCUUUAAAUGUGUCUGUGUAAGCGACAGAAUCUGAAAUAAACCAUGCACGUUUUAA